UCACUCCAAACGACGCUGUUUUAAGCAAGAAACUCCAUCGUCUUCUUGGCAAAAUUCUGGAUGAAAGAAAGUAGAAGUCCCGCCCAAAUUGGGGACGAACACCUUUCACCAACGGCGAAGGCUGAUCUGAUUGAUAGAAUCUGCGCUGAACUUGGAGUAUGUGAAGAAGAAGCACUUUGUUACCUUGAUGGAUUCCACUGGGAUUUUGAUUCGGCGUUGGAGGCUUGCCGCAACCAAACCUCUCCGUUUCCGCCGUCCCUCACAGUUGAAUCUACGCCGGUGAACGCUAACUCCGCGUCGUUGACAACUCCAUUAAUGAUCGAUCCUCUUCGGAGUUGGAAUCCGCCGGAUGAACAAUCGAGAAAUGAAAGUAUCGCACGAUUUUGCUACGCGGUUGCUGGAGUUAGUGUAGAAGAGGCACGCGCUUACCUCGAGCGAAGCAAUUGGAAUAUAAACCUAGCCGUCGACAGUUUCUUGGUCGAGCGCCGUGCAACGCCUCUUCAAAAGAAGUCGAAUCCUCUACGAUUAGAUUCAAAAUCGCGGUUUCUAGAUUACUCGAAACCACUCAGAAUCGGGAGAUCUUCUUCUGACUCGAUGGAAGUUGACUCGACAGGAGAACAGAUCCCUGAAGCUAUACCACCUCUAAUGGCGUCAUCUCAAGUCAAUACUCAAGAAAACCAGGAAAGUACUAGUGUUUGGCCGCCGAUGAAAACUUGGGUUGAUCGAAUCUGCCAUGAAACCAAAGUGUCUCGAGAAGAAGCAUUCUAUUACCUUGAGGGAUCCAAGUGGAAUUUCAGUCGGGCUGUGGAGGCUUGUCGCAGUAAAACCUUGCCGGUGGUUUCGGCGAGCCAGGAAUCUGCUGAGGCGCCGCCGAAUUCGCCAGAGCAACCGUCUCUACUGAAAAAUGAAUGGAUCUCUUCAUUCUGCGAGGCGGCUAGUACAGCGACUAGAGAGGAGGCAAUCUAUUGCCUUAAAGUCUGCAACUGGGAUGUACAUCGAGCCAUCGGCUUUUAUAUGGAGGACUUCUCAGAGCAUCAAACGUCAGUGGCAGUCAAUAUGAGUUUGAAGGAGAACAGAAAGCUGCCUCUUUCAUCCAUCGAAUUACCUUCUCAAUCGCAGUUUGAGGCUUCACUUGGUUACUUGAAAGAAGGAAGCACUUCUAGGUGAUUUGUCCCUUUUUCAUUUGCGAUUUUGUCUCCAAGAAGUAUGAAAUAGUCUCGUAAAUGUUGAUUUAUAUCAAGUUCUAAAUCCUUUUCCCGCCAUUUGAUUACUUGUACAGUUUGUUGGAGGUUGAUCCGACCGAGUUAAAAAGGUCACUCGAAGAGGCUGGUGAAGAAAACGCCGCAGUAGCUAUUCCUAGAAUGACAUCGUCUCAAGUAGAUGGUAAGGGUAUUGAGGAAGACUCAAGCAUGGAGACAUUCCCUGAUCCUGUUGCCUACCAAGACAGGAUAAUUGUGGGGCCUCGAGCUGGGGGGACUACUAUUACAUUGACUAUCCUCUUGGCCAAUACGCGAUCGGUAAAUAUUCCUUUUAGAUCAAACCAAACUGUCAGAGACAUCCGUGAUGCCAUUGACGAGCUAACACCAGAUUACGAGAAAGACUACAUUUUGCAAUCAAUGGCUGAAGUAGUUUACAUGGAUCCAGACAUUACUGUACACGAAAUAUCUACUGGUUCUACAACUCUCCUCCAGAUCUACCUGUAGCUUUGGUUUUGUACAGUUUCCGUUGAUUGAUGAAACAUAGAGAGAAAGGAAACAGAUGUAUAGGACUUUAGAAAGGAUUCUUGCCUUGUAUAGAAUGGAAAAAAUAGAACAGAGCAGCUUUGCACUUAGUUGUUUGAGAUAGGAAUGGAUAAAGAGAGUUUUCUUAUACUGUAUGGUACGAAACGAUUAAUGAAACAUAGAGAGAUUUGAAAC